AUGUAUCGGAUAGUAUUGUGUCUGCUCCUUGUUACUCAUGUUAUUCUGGGAGCUGAAGAGAAAGACCUGGGUCUAGACCAAGAAUGGACAAUUACGGACGAAAACCUGGAUAAAACCGUGAAUGAAGUGCCAAACUUUAUCGUCUUCGUGUAUGUGGACUGGUGCGGACAUUGCAAAAGCUUUGCUCCAACUUGGAAGAAAAUUGCGGAGAAUCUGAACAACAGUCCAGACUCCAAAACGAAAGUUUUCAGCGCUAACGUAGAAAAGAAUAAGCAGAUUCACAACAGUAAAGGAGUGACCAGUUUCCCUACAAUAUUCUUCGUACGGAAGGGAGAGUGGAAGCAGUACGCUUCAAUGAGAACAGAGGAGAAGGUUCUGGAGUUUGUUAAAAAACAUGAAGAAGAUGCAACAAUAGUGAUAAAUCCUGAUGAACUUGAGGAAUUCCUGUCAGUAUCUGCUGUAUCCGUGGUCGGGAAAUUCUCAUCGGGAAAGGAAGUUGAGGAUUUUGAUAAACUGGCCUGGGAAAUGGAACUUCCCGCGGCUGCAAUACUCUUGGAUAACACCCAAUUAGAUGGAAUUACUGUUCAUUCUAACCUGGAAGGUAAGCCCUACAGGGUUACACACAGGGAUCUAACAGACUGGGAGGGAGUAAAAGAGUUCAUAGCACGUGCUAGACGCCCCCUCGUUAUACCUUUUAAUAUUGACAACCAUAAAAUGGUAUUCCAGUUAAAAAGCAUAUCUACCUCAGUUUUACUUUUCCAUGACAAAGAUGACGGGUAUGAGCAAAGACUCGACAUAAUGGGCAAGGCAUCUAGGACAUACAGAGAGAAAUGUAACUUUGUUGAGAUGGAGAUGAGUGAUGAAUAUGUUAUGAGAUUUGCAGAUUUCUUCAAGAUCAAAGCGGAAGAACUGCCAAUUGUUCACAUUUUAGACACGGAUAAGGAAAAGAACACUAAAGGACAGAUGUCAAGCACUAAGGAUCUUUCAGAGAAAGGUAUAGCUCAGCUAAUAGAGGACUACAUGGUUGGAGAAAGUAAGAUGUCAACCCCAGCACAGCCUGGACAGGCUCAGGAAGGAGAGGACAAGCUACCAGAGGACUGGGACACUAGACCUGUCAAAUACCUCACAAGUACAAACUACCCGGAUUACGUCCUUAACCCAGAUAAGGAUGUGUUUGUGAUGAUUUACCGGGAUUCUUGUCCUCACUGUGAGACCUUCAAACCAACAUGGGAGGAGUUGGCUAAAAAGUAUGAGACACACGAAACAGUAAAAAUAGCGCACAUGAAAAGUCAGCAUGUGAAGAACGUGACUGGUCUAGAGGUUAAGAAAGUACCUACCUUGCUUUUUUACCCCAGAGGGGUACCAGAUGUCACUCAAGGUCUCGAAUAUGAAAGAGAAGGGCGAUCACUUGAAGACCUUGAAAAUUACCUUAAAGAGGCUGUAUUCACAGAUGAAGAUAGUAAUAAAGAUGAACUUUAGGUACAAUUGCAGUAAAUUUUAAUUUCAUCUGAAAUCAU